GAUUCAGAGACGCACAGCGAGGGAGGGACUGAGAGCACAGGCCAAAUACUGUCUGCCGCCUCUUCUUUGAGCUCUGGGACCAGCACUUCCUCUCUCAGUAACUCCGGUCCACGGAAAUGAAUAUUUCACCAACUAAUAUUUCUGGAGGUGCCACGUCCCCUAGAAAGGGGCCACCAAAGUUCAAACAAAGAGCAACUCGACAGUUCAAGAGCAAACCUCCCAAAGCAGGCGUGAAAGGAUUUGGAGAUGAUAUUCCUGGCAUGGAGGGUCUUGGCACAGAUAUCACGGUGAUCUGUCCUUGGGAGGCAUUCAGCCACUUGGAGCUGCAUGAACUGGCUCAGUAUGGUAUCGUCUGAUACUGGGAAAUGCUACAUAGGCAUCAGUGACUGGCCUACAUUUCAGCUGAUACAGCAACUACAGUGAAGCAGAUGAAGCUGGAUUACUAUUAGAGCUACUGUGUACAGUAAUUCACAUUCCUGUUCAAAUCCAUCAGCCAGAAUAUUAAAUGUCACUGUCAGUUUUUAGACAACUUUUGUGAAGAGUGCUUUUAGUUUAAAUAUGUUCAUGUUGCUUAUGUGACAUUUAGUUGUGUGGUUAACUGCUACUUAUAGCUAAUGUAAAAAGUUAAUCUUUGCAUCAUCAUCUGUAUUUAAUCUGUAAAACUGUUAAUUUAGAUUCUCUUCUGUAAGAUGGGAAAGGUAGAUUAUAAUUUGUCAAUGAGUUGAUUCAGUAACUAUACUUAAAUAGGAAUGAGCACUCUGUUAAGAAAUCACAUUCACAUCUACUGAAGUUUAAGAAUGAGCUUUACAUUUCAUGCUGGGUUUGAGCCAGAUAAUAAGAUUAGAAAACUGUAGAUUGGAUGUUAUUUGUGUUAUUUGUUUCCCUGUCUACAAAUCAGAGCAUGGUGAGAGUUUGAUCACUUGUAGCUGUGCUCAUCUCAUGGCUUACCACAUCAAUACAAGCUGCCCCAUUGUCUGUUUCUUGCUGCAACAAAAGGAAAAACAAAUGUGUGAUUGCCGGCUGAUUUAAUAUUUAUAAUA